GGUAGGGUAGCAUUUUGUUUUUGUUUUGGAAAAUGUAAACACCUACUGGUCGCCAUUUUGAAUUUGAGAAAUGAGCACUGUUAAAUUAUUUUUUCAAAAGAUAUAAUUUAUUCAAAUUACCAUCAAAUAACUUCAAACUUACCUUCAAAGUAUGUCAUGUCUACAAUUUUUGAAUUUAGGCUAGUUUAAAAAAUUAAGAAUUCAGCAUAACCAUUAUUAUUGCACUGCCAAUUUGGUUUCGUUACUAUCCGACCAUUGAACAUGCGUAGUGUUGUUGCUAUUUUUACCCUACCACCAGAUGCCGAAAAUUGUAAACAUGAGAAAUCAGCUGUUCGGUUGACAAGUCGGGAAAUACCUUAUAAACAGUGUGAAACACUGAAACCCCCUCAAUAUUAACACAGAACAUUUUUUAUUAAAAGUACUAUUUAACUGCCCAUUUAUCAGCCACAUGGACAAAUUUUGUCGAACAUGCUCGGUGACUCUCGAUAGCGCGAUUGGUCACACAUGUGUUUUUAAUUUCAUUUCAACGGGAGACACCAUAGCUGGUUACAUACAAACUAUUUGUGCAAUCCAAAUCUCCGAAGCUGACUUCUUUUCAAAAGAGCUGUGUUAUCAAUGUUUGAACGAGCUUCUAACAGCCGUCAACUUCCGGCGUAAAUGUGAACUAGCUGACCAAAACUUCCGACAGAUGUGUGAAACACAGCAGGACAUGUCUGCCAAUGACACCCAUACAGAGGUUUUGGAUCAACGAAUUAAUAGUCGAUUAACAACUCCACGAAUGCCGAACGUAGACCAGGUUGUAGAAAGCGAAAACGAUGCCAUCGAAAACGUUUCCACACCAGACGAUGUGUUCGAAUACAUUAUCGAAGAUGAAGACGAAGACGAAAUGUUGCAAACUGACACUCAGUUCGACGAACCGGAAGGCAGUGGAUCUCGAUAUCACAUGAUCGAAAUGAUGAGCUUCCGUUGUUGUCGCUGUACUGGUUUAUUUUUCAGCCAAGAAGAGCGACAACAGCAUAUUGAGUCGGGACACGGAAUAGUUUGUCCUGUGAUUGAUUCACUGUUGGAAUCGGAAUUGAGUUGCUUCAUUUGUGAUGAACAUUUUGAAAAGGUCGAGGAGCUGAAAGUUCAUCAGGGCAAGAGUUUCGUUGAACUGUAUCAAUGCAGCAGUUGUGAUAAUUUUUACGAACAACAAGUUGAUGUCGAAAGUCAUUUUAACUCAGUUCAUAUUGAAGGGAGUACCGAGAUGCUUGAGGCGAAUGAAUCAAGUAUUGCAAAAAAUGAUAGCGGAAAGAGAACUUCUAGAAAACAAAACCGAGAGUCUAAAUCAAAGAAACAAAAAACAGAGCGGUUUUGCUGUGUAACCCAUUGCCACGAGGUGUUUCAAAACGAGGAACAACUUAUUGCGCAUGCUAAAGAAAACCAUCUGUUGGAUGGACCCCUCAUCCGAGCCAUGGUUACCCAUCGGUGACUCAUCAUGUGACAGACGUCACACUGAAGGAAGUCGCCAUCUCUGUCGUGUAGGAGUACUGUCAUCGAGACACGUUUUAGAAGCACAUUAUUAUACACCAGUUUAUCGGCAUGAGUCCACUUAAAGUUUUUAUAAU